UGUUCUAGAAAAGUCUUUCGAGUCCGAGUCAUUGGAGUAAAAGUAAAAAAAAGCUACACUUUUUGGAUAAUUUUUGUGAAAAAAUGAACGCAAAUGCAGAAAUCAGUGGGGACUUAGCCAAGCUAGAGGGGGAGCAGACUUUAACACCGGCAGCCCUCCAGAUUCUUAAGAAACAUAAGAAAAUGGACGGGUGUAUUAAAGAUCUGAUCCAAUCGUAUUGCGAGAACAAGGACAGCCCGUACGCCCUGUGCAAGACCAUGGUCCGAAUGAAGAGAGCUCGAGAUAUUUUUAUGGCGCAGCAAGAAGCCUGCUUCGACAUGAUGGAACGUGAGGGGAAGAUCAAGGAACUUGCUGUUGUAGUCAGCUGCAUUGAUGCCUCAUUGGAGCUCAUCCGUUAUAUGCAGGACGUCUACCAGCAUAGGCAAAUGAACUUCAAGAAAAAAUCCGACAAUCUUAAGGUCGUAAAUAAUGUACAGGAAAAACGAAAAGUUGAAAUUCCAUACCUCUGCAACGGAGAGGGGAAGUUGGAAUGUUGAGUUUUCAGGCCCAGAAGAUGACGGAA